AUGGACGCGCUGAAGAAAGGCUGGUUUAGCGAGUUGUCGCCCGACGACUUGGCGGAAAUUAAAGGUCAGAAUACUGAAGACAAGCAGCUUAAGUCGGAUGGAGUUGAAAUGGGAAGCCCUUGGCCAGGCCAAGCUUACUCCUUGAGGGUAGAAGAGAUCUUAUUCCAGGGGAGGUCUGACUUCCAAGAUGUUAUUGUGUUUAAAAGGUGACUUAAUAUGUUGAGAUAACCGUCUUUUGUUGUAGCAAGGCCCAUGGGAAUGUUCUUGUGUUGGACAAUGUGAUCCAAUGUACCGAGAGAGAUGAGUUCUCCUACCAAGAGAUGUUAACCCACUUGCCAAUGUUUGCUCACCCUAAUCCAAAAAAGGUUCUGAUCAUCGGAGGAGGAGAUGGUGGGAUUCUACGAGAGGUCUUGAAACAUAAACACGUUGAGGAAGUUCACAUGUGCGAGAUCGACAAGAUGGUUAUUGAUGUAAGUGUUCUAUUGCCACUUGUCAUCAGAUAAUAAAUGUAUAGGUUGCCAAGAAGUAUCUUCCUCAAAUGUCAUCUCAAUUCGAGCAUCCCAAGUUUACGUUGUUCAUUGACGAUGGUUUCCAAUUUUUGAAGAAUCACGAAAAUGAAUACGAUGUUGUGAUUACCGAUUCUUCUGAUCCAAUUGGCCCGGCGGAAAGUUUAUUUGGGCAAACUUUUUAUGAGUUGAUUAACAAGGCUCUCAAACCGAAUGGAGUUCUGGCUUCGCAAUGUAAGUUGCGUGCUUAUGACAUGCAAUGAAAUGUAUCCCAACUUCACCUUCUACAUAUAUCUUCAGAAUAAUGUUCGGACCUGGCCCAUUCCAAAAGUCUUUUUACAAUCAAUGGAGUGAAUUAACCACAUAAUUUGUAAAUUAUUUUAGGUGAAAGUUUCUGGCUCCAUCUGGACCUGAUCGUUCAUAUGGUUAACUUCAAUCGCCGCAUCUUCAAGAACGUUAGAUAUGCAAGUUCGGUGGUUUCCACAUAUCCUUCCGGAGUGAUAGGAUAUCUUCUGGCAUCCAAAGGGCCUGAGGUAAUUUACUAUUCCCGAGUACUCACUGUCGUUUUCUAUUUAUAUCUUUGGUUCCGUGUCUCUCUAAACGUCAGAUAAGUCAUGUAUUUGGUUUAGGAUAAUGACUUGAGUGUCCCCAAACGCAUUGCCCCUCAUAAUCAGCUCAGAUUCUACUCUUCCAAGGUGCAUUCGGCCGCUUUUGUUCUGCCGGCUUUCGUAGAAAGGGUCAGUCAUUUAAUUUGUGUUUAUGUUAUGUCAUUUGCAGUCCACGGAAGAUUGUUUUCAGGCCAUUGAGGACACGGAGUGA